AUGAAUCUCCAACCAAUUACCGAUCUCUUAAAAGCAUUAAACUCUGGUAAUACAACCACUAUUCAACAAGCUGAACAACUUUAUGCAGAUUAUAAAAAUCAUCAACCAGAUCAAUUGGUUAACAGUUUCAUUGUUUUAAUAAGAACUUCUCAAGAUGAAUUACUAAGAUCAUAUCCACCAGUUUUACUUAGAACAUUAGUUAAUGGUAAUGAUUCAGGUAACAUUUUAAAGGGUUUAAAACCAGAAACACUUGUUACUUUAAAGACAGAGUUAAUGUUUGCAGUUAGAGAAGAACCAAAGAAUCAUAUUAGACAUUCAAUUCUCAAUGUUAUUGCAAUUCUUGCAAUUCAACUCGUUCCAGAACAAAAAUGGCCAGAGAUCUUAAGCUUCAUCAUUGAAUCAUCAUCAUCACCAGAAGAAAACCUCAGAGAAUCAUCAUUCUAUUUAAUUGGUGCAAUCAUUGACGAUUCUCGUGUUGCUGAAACACUCGCUCCACAUUUUGAUAAAUUUGCUCUUUUAGUCGAAAAAGGUUUAAAUGAUCCAUCAGCAAAGGUCCAAGUUUCUGCCCUUGAAACUGUCUCAACUUUUAUUGAUGCAAACCCUGAAAAAGCUGAAGUUUUCAAACCAUUAAUUCCAGCAAUGUUAAAUACCAUUCAAAAAACCAUUGAAUCAAACCUCGAAAAAGAAGCCCAAAAAGGAAUUCUUACAUUUAUCAUUAUCGCACAAUACCACUCUGAUUGGUUCAAGACCAACUUUGAUAUGAUCUUUAAAGUAUUUUUCCAAUUCCUUGAACAUCAAUCACUCGAAGAUGAAACUAAACAUGCAUGCUUACACUUUUUCCUUACUUUUGCCGAAUUCAAAUCAAGUAUCAUGAAGAAAAAGUUAUAUUUAGAACCAAUUGUUUUACUCUUAUUAAAAUGGAUGUCAAGUGUUGAAGAUAUGGAUCUUAAAGAUUGGAAUUCUUUAGAUACAGAACCAUCAGAUGAUGACGAUAGCAAUGUUGCAUUUGAAGCUAUUGAAGCAUUAUCACAUUGUGUCAGUAAAGGUUUAUGGGAAUUCUUUUUACAAUGUGCACCAACUUUACUCAACUCUGGUAAUUGGAAAGAACGUUAUACUGGUUUAAUGACCCUUUCAAGUAUUUCAGAAGGUUGUGAAAAACAAAUCAAAACAAAUUUCAAACUUAUUAUUCAAUCAAUCCUUCCAUUAGCAAAUGAUUCACAUCCACGUGUUCGUUUCGCAUUUUUCUAUUGUUUAGGUUCAUUUGCAUCAUACCUUAAACGUGAAAUGCAAGAUUUAUACAAAACUUUAAUUCCAGUUUCAUUAGAACAUCUCAAUGACCCAUUCCCAAGAGUUACCAUUUCAAAUUGUGAAUUUUUAACAUUAUUCCUUGAUGAAAUUAAACCAAACAGAGUCAAAGAAUUCAAAGAUCAAUUCUUAGGAAGAUUAUCACCACUCUUACAAAAUGAAAACUACAAAAUCGUUCAACAUUCUUUGAAUGCUUUCUCAUCUGUUGUUGAUGGUAUUGGUGAAGAAUUUACUCAACAUUACUCUGAAAUUAUGCCAUUUUUAAUUAAAAUCCUCAGAACUCAAACAUCAGUUGAAACUAAAACACUCCGUGGUAGAGCCAUUGAAACCAUCUCUUUAGUAGGUCUUGCUGUAGGUAAAAAAGUAUUUUUAAAUGAUUGUAUUCAAAUCAUUCAAUACGUUUCAUCUUUAGAGAAAUUCAAAGAUGACGAUCCACAAGUUGAUUUCUUUUUAAGAGCAUUCACUCGUUUCGCCCAAUGUCUUGGUGAAGAUUUCAUUCCAUACCUUAAAUACUCUAUGAGUCCAUUAAUGGAUGCUAUCAAUGGUAAAGUUGACAGUUCCGUUGAAAAUGGUGAAGAUUUUAGUGAUGAAAGUAAUAACUCUGGUUCAAUUGUUAUGGAAAAUAAAGCAAUGGCAUUAGAAAUGGUAUCAAUUUAUGCAAUGGAAUUAAAACAUCAUUUAUUCCCAUAUGUCGAACAAUUAUAUAAAGGAUCAAUUGAAUUAGUUGAUUUCCCAUUUAGUAGUUUAGUUGCAAUUCAAGCAGUUAAUCUUAUUCCAUUUUUGGUAAAGAUUUCAAAACAACACUUUGAAGCCGUUGGUGGCCUUAAAGAUGGUAUGAAAGCUGAAUUCACCAGUAGAUUAUUCUUGGAUUCAUAUGAACGUAUGGCUGCUUCCAUUAAAACUGAAUCUGAACCAGAUACCCUCUCUGCUAAAUUAAAAGCAUUGUCUGAUCUCAUGGAUAUUGGUGGUCAAUGUGAACAAGCUGAUAGAAUUCUUAGUCUCACCUUUGAAGUUGCCAAUGAAUCUUUCGGUACCCUCCAAGAGUUGGAAACUGAAUAUCAAGAAAAUAUCGAUGAAGAGGAUGAAGAUGCUGAUGAAUCACCAGAAAGAGAGAUCAUUGAUGAUGCCUACAAUAGUUUAGCAAUGGUAUUGGGUGAAGUUUGCAUUCAAUUCAAAGAAAAAGCCGUCCCUUACAUUGCUACCGUCUUACCAGCCAUGAUUGAACUCAUUGAAACUGCUCCAUCCGUUGAAAUUAAAACCUCUAUGAUUUGCAUUCUCGAUGAUCUCAUUGAAAAUGGUGGUCAAAAAGCUUUUGAACUCUAUCCACACAUCAUUAAGCCAAUGAUGAAUUGUACCUUACCAAAUCUUGAUCCAUCACUCAUACAAAGCGCUGUUUUUGGUAUUGGUUUGGCCGCUGAAAAUGGUAAAGAUUAUUUCACUCCAUUCUUAAUGGAAUCACUUCAACUCAUCAACAACGUCAUUGUCUCUGUAAAUAGUGUUCAAGAGCAAGACGAUGAUUUAAUUGCUGCUAGAGAUAACGCAAUCUCUGCUAUGGGUAGAAUCAUCACAAAUCUUCCACAACAUUUAGGUAACAAUUUCCCACAAACUAUUGCCCUUUGGUUAAGUUAUCUCCCAAUUCAAGAUGAUGGUGAAGCAGGUUCAAUCAUUAAAUCUUUAUGUACUUUGAUUCGUGACUUUAGUCAACAAAUUAUGACCCAACAAUAUAUCGUUAAAGUUUUGGAAAUCAUUGCCGUAGGUCUCCAUAAAAAAGCUGUCAACCCUGAUGAUAAACAAAUCAUCUCUUUGGCUCUUCGUUCUCAAGAAUCUUUAGUCGCUCAAUCCCUUUUCCAAUUAUCUGCUGAAAACCAAGCUAUCCUUGCAAACUUUUUCAAAAAUUAA